AUGCAGUCCCUCUCAUCCAUUUCCGCCCACGGACUCGACCACCCCCACAACGCAACAGUCGCCCUCACACCGGAACCAUACCACCUCAACCCUCAACUCCAAGCACCUCCUCUCCUCCACAACCACCUCGAAAAGCGCUACUCCACCAUCUCCAUCCCCGCCACCUACGGCCACCUCAACUCGGGCCCACCCCCAGGCACCGUCGCCGGCAUCGUUCUCGGCACCGUCGCCGGCGUCCUCCUCAUCCUCUACCUAACCUUCCUCGCCCUGAACCCGGGCGGUCUCACCCGCGGCAAUCCAGACGACACCACGAUCGUCGAUGAAGAAGUCGUUGUGCGCAGUCGUCGAUCCCCGUCGUCUCGACGGGACGAUGCCAUUGAGGUCGUUGAGGAGCGCGACCGUCGCCGCGAUAGUUAUCGGAGACCGCCGUCGGCGAGGCCCAGUCAUGUAAUGAGCCAGGAGUCGGUGACGGGGACUUCGAUCACGAAUGAUCAGGAUUUGGUGGAGGUGAUUGAGGAGGAAUCGUCAAUGAUGUCGACGGUGUCGCCGUCGCCGAGGAGAGGGGGGCGCAGGGAGGGGGUAUCGGACGGUGGAUCCGUUGGAGUAUGGAGGAGGCAGUUCGUACGAUGGCGAUAG